AAGAAAGUGGGGCGAGCGGCUGGGCUGGGCCGCGCAAACAUCCGUCCACUGGGAGUCCCCCAACGGCUGGGCUAUGCCAACUUGCAAUCUGGAAGGCGGUGAAUGCAGCUGUCGAAUCGUUUUUAGGCCCUAAUCAAACGGCUCAAUCCGGCGGGGUUCGAACCUCCCCAAAUCGGAGCGCCGACGCCGACCAAGAAAAAACCGUACCUCCGCCGCUCUCCCGGCGAUGGAGGCGCCCGACGAGGAGUCCGGGCUGGCGCUCCCCGAGGGCGAGCGGAUCCUGGAGGUGACCAUCAUCUCGGCGCAGGGGCUGAAGCCGCCCUCCGCCCUGCGGCGGCGGCUUCUGCAGGCGUACGCCGUGGCGUGGGUGGACGCCGCGCACAGGCUCCAGACGCGGGCGGACCGGGCGGGCGGGGUCGACCCGGAGUGGCACGAGCGCCUCCUCUUCCGCGUCCACGAGGCCGCGCUCGCCGACGACUCCCGCGCCGCCGUCACCGUCGAGAUCUACGCCGCGCCCACCGGAGGCUGGCACAUCGGGGGGGAUUCCCUGGUCGGCUCCGCCCGCUUCCUGCUUGGCGACCACGGCCUCCUGUACCGACCCGUCGGGUCCCCGUCGAUGUUCGCCGUCGGUGUACGCCGCCCCUCCGGCCGCGUCCACGGCCUCCUCAAUUUGGCGGCCAGCCUCGUUGCCACGCCGCCGACUCCGGCCGCAUCCCACGCUCUGCGCUCCUCCCCCGCCGUCUCCCUCAGCGGCCUCUCCGCCGCGCCCAUCCCAGCAGGCCGCGUGCUCCGCGUCCUCAACCGCUCGUUCCCGACGCCCCCACCGUCUCCGACGGUUCUUACGCCCAACAAGCAGCAGAUUGCAGCGAAGCCGUACAAGAAGAGCGCUGACAAGCAGGACGUUGCGGUGAAGCUGAACAAUAAUCGCGUGGAUGACGGGAGCGAUGAGGAGCGGGAGGUGUCCAGAGAUACGGCCGGAGUGGUUUUUUGCGGGCCUUGUGUCUUACCAUUACCAAGAAAGAUCCACAUAAGCCCCUCUGACGAGAACCUGCAGUCCUUUGCUCGCAUCUUCUCUGGUGGAGUUGGCAUUACCAAGCAGAGUCCUCGUCAUUGAGGAGCCCAAGCAAACAAUAGGUUCGCUUCUUUCAGUUGAUUCCUUGUUGAGAUAGUCUGUUUCUUCAUGUGGAUAAUUAGUCUCUUAGCCAUCUGAGUUGUAUUAUAGCAUCUCUUGUUGUUACUGCAAAUAUAUCACACCAAUUUUGUGUGAGUCAACGGAAUUAUAGAAUUAUAGUGCCACAACGAAUAGCGCAUAAUCCUUUUGUCAUCUUCCAUGCAUAAAGAACCUCAAUUUAAGUUUUGAAGAUUUCAUUUGAAGCAAUUCUCAAAGCACUAUAUGAAAUCUGAAUAUCAUAUUAUUUCCAUUCAUCUAGAUGUCAUAU